AGUCCACGAAGAUUUCCCAGCUGAUAUUACGAGGGAGGAAAGGUACGAAACGUAGUUCGAUGACGGAAAGGAAUUCAAUGUAGAAAAUUCGUCGACGGUUUAUAGUAUCAAUUUCUCAGUGAUCCCUUUCCGUAAUCCUACUUUGAGCCUCGAGUCGUUUCGGACGGGAGGCAUCGCGAAAGUUGUGCCAUCGGUGAUGGAAUCGGAAGGGUGAAGAUUUGGUCGUUGACGCGGCGUGGCGCGGACGCACGUGGAGCACGUUGGAUCGAUAGGUGAGCCGUCGGUGUUUUGACAAAGCGGUCGAUCAACUCGCGUAUGCUUCGGGUCAGAGAGUACGAAGAGAGCGCGCGACCUACGAUGAUAAUCGAUUCCUAUCGCUCCGUCUCUGUCCAUGUCGGUUCAUCUUUUCCCAGCUCUCGACGCGCCUCCUCCGCGACGAAUAAAAGGAAAAACGGCCCUUUCCUUUCGCUCGAGAAAGCGAAAUACGCAAAGGUGCAAAGUAGAACGACGAAAGAAACAGAAUGUAGGGCAAAGGUGAACGAGAGGUGAACGAUACUACGACGUGGCACCUAGCUCAUAGGUCGUAGGAAACGGUCGCGCAUCUGCGCAGAUGUUCUUCGGAUUUACGAGGUUCGAUAAUUUGUCAGGAAUACGACGACGGUGAUAUAGAGUCGUAUCUUUGCAGCCGCUAUGGAAUUCGCUCGACGCGACGUUUUGGGUACAAUCCCGACAUCGAUCGAACUGCCGUGUCGUACCGCGUCGCAUCGUUCCGCGAGAUCAUCGUUACAUUUUUCCUUCCAAGCUUGCCGUUUAUUUAGAAAAAUAAAGUUCGAGCUCGAUCGAUUGGCCGUAGGUGGCUGGCCCAGCAGCGUAAACUAGGCCGUGCUGCGUACGAUGUUCGAUCGAUUCGAGUCGAUAGGACAGGGACCGUUCGACGUUGUCUAGCUUGUGGACACUAUCAUAGUUUACUUCUGGUAGCGCCGCGAUACUUGGGUCACGAUAGUUGUAGCAGAGAAAAGGGAAGGAAAAUCGCGAAGCGAUGUUCAUAGAGAAAAACGAACAGAGACUCGGAGACGAAAUAAUAAAGGGGUAACUUGACUCGCUGGUCGAAAGAAAAGGUGGAGGAGGUUCAGGGGAAGGGUUAAGCGAGAUAACGGAAAGAGCAGGAACACUAGCUAGGAGGAUAAGGGCAGGUAUAGGUUGCGACGGUGCUGCUAGUUUGGUAGUUUUACCCCUUGGGGUAAACGCGCGCAAGCGCCAGCGUUCUUUCCCGAUGCUCGUUCGCACUCCACACUCCACGCCAGUAAUCCGUGAAACGCGAACGUACGAGGUGCUGUUUUGCCCGAGAGAUCGUAGGUAUCUGGCGUAAAUCUAGUUUUUUUACUGGCUUCGAUGUCGCGACUCGCGUCGAAUAAUUUCAAACAAUGUUUACCCCCUUCCGCUUUGCCGGAUUUCCAUCGGUUGCGUACCGUCGCGUACCGUCCCGUAUCAUCCUGUCCCGUUCCAUUCCGUUCCAUUCGAUCGGCCACGAUUCGUUCUUUUUCUCUACGUUCGUUAACUCGUCGUCCUUUUCCGCGUUCUCUUACGCGUUUGUGACAUUCGCGACGAGAAACAAACUGGUUUGUUUUUCGCGUUCACGAUUUGACGUGGUUGCACGAACCGUAACACGCGCACGCUCGUCCCUCGUGUCGCGUAUCGUGGAACGGCGAUCACCCCCUGACAAUCGACUCGACCGAUCACCCGAAAACGAUCCGAAAACGCUCGAGUCGCGAUUACCUCCUCGUUGCAUUUUCCCGUCCAUCGCGAGCAUCGUUUACCUCUGUUCUCCAUAGCCUCGGUUCGAUCACCUUCGAAUAUUUUGAUUCGCGACGCAUCUCGUCUCGACGAUAAUGCAGCGAUUCUCGUUGAUACGACGAUCGACCAAAGACGAGUAAAACUAGCAAACCGCUAUCGAUCCGAACGCGUCGUUGCUGGAUAGCAUUUCGUGCAUCGGUGAACGGGAAAAGGUCCGCAGGCGAUUGGAUCGCUGGCGACGAUCAGUUUUCGAUCGAACGUAGCUUUGGGUCCCGUUCGCUUCCACGAGCAAAGCAUCGUUUUCGACGCGCGAAGCGUCGUUGCUCGAUCACGUGACAACCACCCCGUGUACCGUGUCCACGCGUUUCCUAUUUCUCGUUUCCCCUUUUCUCGUGUCCCGUUUCCCAUUUCCGUUUCCGACGCGAAUCAGACCGUCCGGCUCGCGCGAUGGAGCCAACUUGGUAUUGUUUCGAUUCGCAGACGCAAAUCGACGACGAUCGAACAGAAGCGACGAACCUCCGUUGGAAGCGAAACGAGACGGCAGAUACGAAGCAGAAUGAGGAGAAGAGAGCGCGCACGGCUCGGCGAAACGGCCAAAAGAGUCGAUGCGAAACUCGAUUAAAGUUUUAUCGAACGGCCGAAUUUUGGUUUUGCCGUGUCGUUUCUUGGUCCGCGAUGCUCGAGAGGAGAAAACGGUACGCGACGCGUUCGUAAGCGUUCACGGCACGAUUCUCGGCGAUCCGUGCCGCUUAUCGCGCAGAGGGAGAACAGGAAACAGAAGAGGAAAAGGAAAAAGGAAGACGAGGUAGCGGUAGGAGGGGGAAUCGAAGAGCAGCGGAUCGAGAUAGAGAGAGGAGGAUAAGAAGAAGAUCGAGAAACACGAGUGGAAGAAAGGCGAGAGGUGGCAUCGCUGGGAUCGUAUAAAAGAGCCUCGUGACGGAGGGGCUUCGUACGGCCCUGGCGCGACUGCGGCAUUGCACCCCCACAGGGGGUUCUCUGCCAAACACACCGAAUCCGCCCUCCACCCCAGAGCACAGAAACCACGUGAGUACGCGAUAGACAGUGUCAGGGAGAAAUAGAGGGAAGGGAAAGAGGGAUUAGAGAAUAGAGAAGCGUCGAGAGGAGAGGAGAAUCGAGAGGAGAGGAGAGGAGAGAUCGAAAGAGAGCGAGAUCGAUCGGUCGAUCGGUGAUUUGCCGGUAUAUUGCGAACAGGGAUGUCUGGCGGAUGGUCGCGGAUCAGCCGGUCGUAAGAAGGAGGGUAAUUCACGGGGCAAUGGGACCGAUUCGGCAACGAGGGCCGAGUCGCAGCAGCCGCAGUCGCAGUCACAGCCGCAUUUGCAGUCGCAGUCGCAGUCGGCGUCGCAGUCGCAGUCGCAAUCGCAAUCGCAAUCGCAAUCGCAGACUUCUCGUAACAACAACGGCGGCGGUUCCCAUCGACACAAUGGGGCAGAAAAUUCGCGGGAAACCGAUCUGCUGUCUCACGCUGCCUCGGCGCUUCGCAGGCUGCACUUUAAAUCCGCCGGCGGUAGUCGAAGUUGUCGCACCGUCCCGAAGGUCGUGGUCAUGGGGUCGAGCACCGCCUCCGAGACUACCAUCAACACCAGCACCGAUAGCGCCAACACGAUGCUAACUAUGGUGACGACAACGGAUGGAGAACAACCGGACGACAGUUUCGAUCUGAUGGACAUCCCGUCGGAGAUGUCUCCUCCCGCUCCGUCGUCGACGGUCCCAACGACCGACUCCGAACCGAUUCCUCCGCCACCACCGUUGCCACCCUCACCGCCGGCACAACCUAACCAGUCUUCGUUCUCGCAACCGGUCGAGUAUUCGACCGACGACGAGAAAAGACUCGGCGAGACGGUUGGAUCGACGUCGAACGGUGCCAUUUUCAAAUCGAUAUCGGACACCGAUAACGGCCGGCUCGAUACUCGUGCCUCGAGCGUCGCCAAUCUCCUCGACGAGACCGUCACCCUUCCGGUCGUCGACGCGAUACCCAACAGCGAGACGAGGUCGGUCUCCGGGAGAACUCCGCCGCUUCCGGACCUACGAGCGACCGAUUUCUUUAGCACACCCGUAAGAGGUUCGGUGGACGCCGGCCAACCGAAUUCGAGCGAUUCGAAUCCGAUGCUGAGGUUGGUCGUCGGCAGGAACAGGGAGGAUAACAAUCGAUCGAGCGAUCGAACGAGCAAUGCCGUGUCGGGAGAGGCGAAACAAGGAAAGCCGAGCGUGAACGUGACGACGAAUCCCCUAGAGGGAUUAGAGAAUAGAGAAGCGUCGAGAGGAGAGGAGAAUCGAGAGGAGAGGAGAGGAGAGAUCGAAAGAGAGCGAGAUCGAUCGGUCGAUCGGUGA